AUGACUUCUUUGUUAGAUACCUAUGAAUCUGAAUUUAAGACUACUUAUGAUAGAGGCGUCCAGUUAUUAUCCUCAAUAAACUUAACGUCAGGUAAUAGUAAUAACAAUAAUAUAGUUCUAAAACAAGUUGAAAAUUUUAAAGAUGAUUUAAUAGAAUUAAUACAACAGAUGGAAUUGGAAGUAAAUUCUAUAGGUAAUACCGCCAUUAAAAUAAAAAAUAAAACAAAAAUUAGAAAUUAUAAGGAUCAAUUAACGAAAAAUAUCAAAAUUCCUUUAGACAAAUUAACCAACGAUAAUUUAAACAACCAAAACAGAGAUGAAUUAUUAUCCUUAAAUGAUAGCGAUAACAAUAUAAAUUCCGAACAAAGACAACAACUGUUACAAUCGCAACAAAUUUUAUCUAAAUCAUCAAACAAAUUAAGAGAUGCCUCGCAAAUUGCCAACGAAACUGAAGGUAUUGGUGCUGAAAUCAUGCUAGAUUUAAGAUCUCAGCGAGAAACGUUGGAAAACGCCAGACAAACCCUAUUUCAAGCUGAUGGUUAUGUUGACAAAAGUAUAAAAACCUUGAAAACUAUGACCAGAAGAUUAUUAGCCAACAAGUUUAUUAGUUACGCCAUUAUUGCCGCUUUGGUUCUAUUAAUAUUGUUGGUUCUAUACUCUAAGUUUUAA